AAGGCUGCUGCAUAUCUUCGUGAGAAGAAAGACUUUGAGAUUUACGCCGUUGGAGUUGGUAAGCAAGUGAGACACAGAGAGUUAAUGUCAAUCGCUUCACAUCCUGAGGAUAAACAUGUACUUGUUGUGAAAGAUUACGGAGAACUACCGAAAAUGGUCCGACACGCAGUCGAUAUCAAGAUUGAUUACACACCCUGCGGUGUAAGUCCAACCUCGUUUAGAGCCAGAAUGGUUGGAGGGAACAACGCUGGCCGUGGGACCUGGCCUUGGCAAGUUGGAAUUCAUAAAAUUGACAAGGAUGGAAAUUUCGUCCUGCUAUGUGGUGGAGCAUUGAUUGAAAAACAAUGGGUUCUAACAGCAGCUCAUUGUUUUUAUGUAAAAAAUAAAAGGAAAACCAUACCAGCAUCAAUAUACACCGUUAAAGUAGGUGAUUAUCACUUGAGGGUCAAAGAACCAGCCCAGGUCGACAUUGAAGCUGAAGACAUUUACAUCCCUCAAAGCUAUAGGCACCAACCAUUUUAUGAGAACGAUAUUGCACUCAUUAAACUUAGAGAAGAAGUGAAGCUAGGUCCGUUCGUUCGAACUGUAUGUCUACAAAAGAAAGGUGAAAAUUUAUUGCAGCCAGGCAAUCAUGGUUAUGUGGCAGGGUGGGGUGCGACACAGGUUCUUCAACAAGGUCAAGACGCACUCCCCAAUAAAAAGAUUUCACAGGUAUUACUGCAUUCAGCGUUCAAGGUACAAAGCAACGUAACCUGUAAAGAUGCAACAAAAGAAUUCUUCAACCCUUCCGUA